GACAACAAGACUGAACAGGGAAGAACAAAAAGGUGCAAACUUAAAUAGAAUCCUGAUGAUGUGAUGCAGGUGUGGACUAAUCAAAAAUGGUGGAUGUGCGGUGCAUGCUGGGAAACUGAGUUCAGAACUCCGGGGAGAGGGAACGGGUGAAGCGAGCUGGCGGUGACGACAUGGAGGGCGUGGCCGGUGGUGCUGAAACCGUUACAUCUCCGAAGUAAGACAUGUUUUAAUUUCACAAUUGUUGAUUAAUACUAGUGAAAAACAAAUUUAAACCUCUGACAGGAAAUUUCGUUUUAUCAGGUAAGACUCAUUACUUCUCAACAAAUAAAUGGCUUUUACAAAAGUAAAUGAGAGUAAAGUGCAAAAAAAUGUUGCUUUAGGUUUAAUUUCAUUAUAUUUUUAUUAUUUUUAAGGCAUACAGUAUAUAUCACCGGUGGAGGUUAAGAGCAAUGGCAACGGGACAUAACACGGCACCGGAAGAGGACAAAUAACUCUGUAUAAAAAGACCAGCAAUCACAUUAAAAUGUAAAAAGAAAAAAAGAUAAGAUGGGAGAAAUGGGUGGUGGUAGCUGAGAAAUGAACUAUUGUGAGAGCUGUGAACAUCAGCACUGCAGUUUGCAAACAGCUAAGCUGACUCCUGUAGAAUAUUUGAUAGUGAUUUUUGAAGAAUUCCCAGAGGAUUCAAGAAAAAGAAGAGGAAAUAAAUUGUUUCCCAUUAAUGGAGUGCAUCAUGUUGGAGUCUAUCACUUCUCUGGGCAUCCCCAUGAUGCUAUGAAGUUUAAACAUUCAAUGAAACAGUCAUUCAAAGGAGAGGAAAAGAAAGUUCUCAACAAUGUACAACUGCUCUGUUAUUCGUGUACUCCUUAUCGUGAUCUUCAUCUCAUCUGGCUGGCUCAAAGGCAAUCUUCAAAUCUCUAAACACCAGCAACACAAAAACCAUUCAACUAAAGCCUCUCAUGUGUCUCAGCAAAGAGUGAAACGAGGCUGGAUUUGGAGCCAGAUAUUUGUUGAAGAAGAAGAUCCAACAGUGAGAAAAAUCGGUCAGCUGAAAUCAGACUACGACACAGGAGACUUUACAAUAAAGUACAUCCUGUCAGGUGAAGGAGCUGGUGAGCUCUUUAUUAUUGAUGAGUACACAGGUGACAUUCAAGUGAUAAAACGCCUGGACCGCGAGCAGAAGGAUUUCUAUAUACUGCAGGCUCAGGCCAUCAACCGCAGGUCCAAACAGCCCACUGAACCCGAAUCAGAGUUCAUUAUUAAAGUCCAGGACAUCAAUGACAACGCUCCAGAGUUUAUUAAUGAGCCCUAUGUCUCCAGCAUCCCUGAGAUGUGUCCCACAGGGACCACAGUUAUCCAGGUGACGGCAACAGAUGCAGAUGACCCCAUGUUUGGGAACAACGCUAAACUCAUUUACUCCAUUCUACAGGGCGAGCCCUACUUCUCAGUGGAGCCCAAAACAGGUAUAAUUGUGACAUCAUUGCCCAAUAUGGACAGAGAAGCCAGGGAUAUGUAUCUGGUUAUGGUUCAGGUAAAAGAUAUGCUUGGACUUACUGGAGGCUACAGCGCCACAACCACAGUGACCAUCAGCCUGACUGAUGUCAAUGACAAUGGGCCCAUGUUCCAGCACAAUUUGUACACAUUUUCAAUAUCAGAGUUUGCUCUGGUGGGCACCACAGUGGGCAGAGUAAUGGCAGAUGAUGGGGACAUUGGUGUUAAUGCAAAGAUUAAAUACAGUUUAGACGACUUGGAGGAAAGCAGCACCUUCACAAUCCAGACAGACCCCAACACUCAAGAGGGAAUUAUUUUACUGUCUCAGCAGCUGGACUAUGAAAGCAAAAAGCGGUUCGUAAUCACCAUAGAGGCCAUUAAUGAAAACGUAGACACUCGUUUCCUAAAUGUGCUGGAGUUUCGUGACAGAGCAACACUCAAAAUCAUUGUGACGAAUGUGGAUGAGCCGCCCAUCUUCUCUGAAAUGCUCUACAGAUGGAACAUUUUGGAAAACACCCCAAUUGGCACUGAAGUUGGUACAGUCUGUUCCAGAGACAUGGACGCCACCAACAACCCCAUAAGAUACAGCAUUUCACAAAGCAGUGACAGAAGAAAAAUGUUCCGAAUUAACCCUAGUAAUGGGACGGUAUAUGUGGCUGAGCCUUUGGAUCGAGAGACAGCGGCCUGGCACAACCUGACCAUCACCGCAAGAGAGAUAAAAGAUGGGCAGCUUUUCUCCACAGUGUCUGUGCUGAUUAAAGUACUGGAUGUCAAUGACAAUGUGCCAACCCUGUCAAAAGACUAUCAGCUCUACGUGUGUGAGGAUACGCAGGCAGGAGAGAACGUUGGGUUGAUUAGUGCCACUGAUAUAGAUAAUCCAGUGGAUGGUCAUCAUUUGUACUUCUCCAUGAUUCCUGACAAACACAUUAAUCCAAACUUCACCAUCAGAGACAACCAAGGGAUUCCCCGCAGCGGAACCAAUGGCAAGUGGACGUUCCAGGAAGACAUCAUUCAGAAAUUCUCCUGCAGCGGCGUCAUAGCGUCACAUGCUCCUAAUCGGAGAAAUCAAGAAAACACACAAGCAUUCACGGGCACAUCGAUAGACCCAGGAGAGGACGGCUCCAAGGGCGACCUCCGCCUCCGCUUCGCCAACCGCGAUACUACCCUCUUCAUCCACUUCUUCCGCAGCACUGCUAUGCCCAGCACUAGAGUCAGCCACUUUAGAAACCCCAUCAUCCUCAACAUCCGGCGUAGAUAA